UGCACAGAAAGAGAGAGAGAGAGAGAGGUCAUACAGCGAUUUCUGGAGCUCGGUCUGAUCUUCCUGGCGGACCGGUGUGCCGGGAGUGACCCGGAGACGAGGGGCAAAUUUCUUUAGUUGUGACUUCACUCUCCAUUGAUCAGUUAUAGUUCAGAGCAUCCAGCUUGCUGUCUGUUUCAGGAAUUGAAAAGAUGGAUAUUCGAGGUGCAGUCGAUGCUGCUGUCCCAACAAACAUAAUUGCAGCUAAGGCUGCAGAAGUUCGUGCCAACAUAGUCAACUGGCAGUCCUAUUUACAAGGCCAGAUGAUUUCUGGAGAAGAUUGUGAAUUUAUCCAAAGAUUUGAAAAAUGCCGCACUGAGGAGAAGCAAGCAAUAUUAUCCAGCGAUGGAAAUCAGUGUGCGAAAACCUUUAUCAACUUGAUGACACACAUUUCCAAAGAACAAACGGUGCAGUAUAUUUUAACCAUGGUGGAUGACAUGCUUCAGGAGAAUCAUCAGCGUGUCAGCAUAUUUUUUGACUAUGCUCGCCGUGGAAAGAACACUGCGUGGUCAUAUUUUCUACCAAUGCUAAAUCGGCAAGAUCUGUUCACCGUCCACAUGGCUGCUCGCAUAAUUGCUAAAUUGGCUGCCUGGGGUAGAGAACUGAUGGAAGGCAGUGAUUUGAAUUACUACUUCAACUGGAUUAAAACUCAGCUAAGCUCACAGAAACUACGUGGAAGUGGCACUGCUGUGGAACCUGGAACUGUUUCGCCAAGUGAUAGUUCCCAGUAUGUGCAGUGUGUUGCUGGAUGCCUACAGCUGAUGCUCCGCGUUAAUGAAUAUCGCUUUGCGUGGGUUGAAGCAGAUGGUGUCAACUGUAUAAUGGCAGUGCUGAGUAACAAAUGUGGAUUCCAGCUGCAAUAUCAAAUGAUAUUUUCACUCUGGCUACUGGCAUUCAGCCCACAAAUGUGUGAGCACCUUCGGCGAUACAACAUUGUGCCGGUAUUGUCCGAUAUUCUCCAAGAAUCGGUCAAAGAGAAAGUGACAAGGAUCAUUCUAGCAGCUUUCAAAAACUUGUUAGAAAAAUCCACCGAAAGAGAAACACGACAGGAGUAUGCUCUAGCCAUGAUCCAAUGCAAAGUGCUGAAACAGCUGGAGAACUUGGAACAGCAGAAGUAUGACGAUGAAGACAUUGUGGAAGAUAUAAAAUUUCUCUUGGAAAAACUAGGGGAAAGUGUCCAAGACUUGAGCUCAUUUGAUGAGUACAGUUCUGAGCUGAAGUCGGGAAGACUGGAAUGGAGCCCGGUUCACAAAUCAGAGAAGUUCUGGAGAGAGAAUGCUGCACGAUUAAAUGAGAAAAAUUAUGAGCUCUUGAAGAUUCUAACAAAACUUCUGGAAGUCUCUGAUGAUCCUCAGGUUCUAGCAGUAGCUGCACAUGAUGUAGGCGAAUAUGUACGUCAUUACCCAAGAGGAAAGAGGGUGAUUGAGCAGUUGGGUGGAAAGCAGCUGGUAAUGAACCACAUGCAUCAUGAAGACCAACAAGUCCGCUACAAUGCACUGCUUGCUGUACAGAAACUGAUGGUCCAUAACUGGGAAUACCUUGGGAAACAGCUCCAAUCAGAACAGCCUCCUGCAGUAGCUGCGAGAAGUUAAUUCCAUCACUAAAAUGGCUGUAGUUCGUGCAAAUCGUUCCCUCCUCUCAACACUCGUUGAAUAGUUUACUGUACUUUGGUUCAUAUCUGCCAUUGACUGUACUGGUUUUAUUUUGUCUCUGUGCCCUUCUGCAUUUCCUAAGAAAUCCACUGUUGUGGUGAGGUUACAUUGUUACAUUGUUUAUAAAUGUAAACUAUUGCAUGGGAGGCGUGUGAACUUAAUGAGAUUUAACAAGUUAAAAAUAGUAAAAUUAAAAGAACCAUAGUCCAGUCUAUAUGAUUCUGUAAUUUAUUGUUGCUUUAAAGAAUUGAUUAAAUGAAGAUCAUUACAAUAUAUUUAAAUUGAUUGUGUUUUUGUACUUUCCCAUUAUACACUGCACAUAUCAUGCAGAUAUCUCCUGUUUGUUGAUUUCUUCACAUAAAAACAAGUAAUUAUCCAUA